CGAAGAAGGAGCCAGAGGGCCAUGUCUGCGUCAUCUGGUGUCUCUCUCAAUCUGCCUGGUGAUGAGACGGCCUGGGCCAAGACUUUAGAGGAAACUAGUGACUCGACAUCAACUGAGGAGAGCAGUGACUUUGAAGACAGCUUGAAACGCAGCGCGAAGAAGCGAGCAGCGAGACGGCCACUCAAAACUGCAGUAGUAAAACAACCAAGGAAGGGGUCCCAGAUGGUACGUUCCCACCACCAGAAAGAUUCAGAACCACCAAUCAGUGAUCUCUUUGAUGCGGUAAGAACUGCCAAAAGUGACAUGCAGUCUUUAGUGGAUGAAUGGCUGGAGAGCUACAAGCAAGACCAGGAGGCAGGAUUCCUGGAUCUCAUUAACUUUUUCAUUCGAUCUUGUGGCUGCAAAGGCACUGUUACCCUCAAGAUGUUCAAGAAGAUGUCCAACUCGGAGAUCAUCCGUCACCUAACAGAGCAGUUUAAUGAGGACUCAGGAGACUAUCCCUUGACAGCUUCAGGCUCAUCCUGGAAGAAGUUCCAGGGUAGCUUCUGUGAGUUUGUGAAGACACUGGUCUAUCAGUGCCAGUACAGCCUGCUCUACGAGGGCUUCCCCAUGGACAACCUCAUCUCUCUGCUCACUGGCCUUUCAGACUCCCAAGUCCGUGCCUUUCGUCACACUAGCACCCUGGCUGCUAUGAAGUUAAUGACCUCUCUGGUAAGGGUUGCCCUCCAGCUGAGUCUGCACAAAGACAACAAUCAGCGCCAGUACGAGGCUGAACGGAGCAAAGGGCCAGGCCAGAGAGCUCCAGAGCGGCUGGAGAGCCUGCUGGAGAAGCGCAGAGAGCUGCAAGAGCAUCAAGAAGAAAUCGAAGGAAUGAUGAAUGCCCUCUUCAGGGGUGUCUUUGUACAUCGGUACCGUGAUGUCCUUCCUGAGAUCCGUGCUAUCUGUAUGGAGGAGAUCGGGUACUGGAUGGAAAGCUACAGUACCUCCUUCCUCACUGACAGCUACUUAAAAUACAUUGGCUGGACCCUGCAUGAUAAGCACCGAGAAGUCCGGCUAAAGUGCCUGAAGGCUCUGAAAGUCUUGUACAGCAACCGGGACAUGACUGUGCGCUUGGAGCUCUUCACCAACCGUUUCAAGGACCGGAUGGUUUCCAUGGUCAUGGACAAAGAGUAUGAUGUGGCAGUGGAGGCCGUCAGACUACUAACACUUAUCCUUCAAAACAUGGAAGGGGUGCUGACAGACACAGACUGUGAAGCUAUCUACCCUGUCGUAUAUGCCUCCAACCGAGCCCUGGCCUCUGCUGCAGGAGAAUUUCUCUACUGGAAGCUCUUUUACCCUGAGUGUGGGAUGAGAACAGUAGGGGGAAGAGAAAAACACCGAAGCCCACGCUCCCAGAGGACUUUCUUCCACCUUCUGCUGUCCUUCUUUGUGGAGAGUGAGCUCCAUAAUCAUGCUGCGUACUUAGUAGACAGCCUGUGGGACUGUGCAGGGUCUCAGCUGAAGGACUGGGAGAGUCUGACAAGCCUGCUGCUGGAGAAGGAUCAGAGCCUGGGGGACGUUCAGGAAAGCACGCUGAUAGAAAUCCUGGUGUCCUGUGUUCGGCAAGCUUCUGAGAGCCACCCACCUGUUGGCCGAGUCACUGGGCGAAAGGGAUUAACAGCUAAAGAACGUAAGGUCCAAGCUGAUGACAAAGUGAAGCUGACCGAGCACCUGAUCCCCCUGCUGCCCCAGCUGCUGGCCAAGUUCUCCGCUGAUGCAGAGAAAGUUGCUCCCUUGCUGCAGCUUCUCAACUACUUUGACCUUAACAUCUACUGCACCAGGCGCUUGGAGAAGCACCUGGAGCUGCUUUUGCAGCAGCUCCAGGAGGUGGUGGCGAAGCAUACAGAGCCAGCUGUGCUUGAGGCCGGAGCUCACGCUCUCUACCAGCUCUGUAAGCCUGAGUUCACCUUCUUCUGCCGGGUGGACUUUGCCCGCAGCCAACUGGUGGAUCUGCUGACCGACCGCUUCCAGCAGGAACUUGAGGAGCUGCUGCAUUCCUCCUUCGUAGAUGAGGAUGACGUGUAUAGUCUGGCGGCCACUCUCAAGCGCCUCUCUGCCUUCUACAAUGCUCAUGACCUGACUCGCUGGGAGCUCUAUGAACCAUGCCACCAACUCCUCCAGAAAGCUGUGGAUACUGGAGAGAUUCCUCGCCAGGUGAUCCUUCCAGCCUUGACUCUUGUCUAUUUUAACAUCCUCUGGACACUAACCCACAUCUCUGAAGCAGAUGUUUCCCAGGAUCAGUUGCUGAGUUUGAAGAACAAAGUGAUGACCUACUGCGAGCUCUGCCAGAGCUUCCUCUCUGAUGUAGACCCUGAGAUCCAAGAGCAGGCUUUUAUCUUACUAAGUGAUCUACUUCUCAUCUUCAGCCCUCAGAUGAUUGUAGGGGGAGGCGAUUUCCUGAGGCCCCUUGUCUUUAUUCCUGGAGCCACUCUCCAGUCUGAACUAGCCAGCUUCCUCAUGGACCACGUCUUCAUCCAGCCUGGAAACCUGGGCAGUGGGCCAGGUGAUUCCCAAGAGGAUCAUUUACAGAUCGAGCAGCUGCAUAAGCGCCGCCGCCUCCUGGCUGGGUUCUGCAAGCUGUUGCUGUACGGGGUCCUGGAGAUGGAUGCAGCCUCGGAUGUUUUCAAGCACUACAACAAGUUCUACAAUGACUAUGGCGACAUUAUCAAGGAAACCUUAACUAGAGCAAGACAGAUUGACCGAAGCCAUUGCUCCCGAAUUCUGCUGCUGAGCCUCAAGCAGUUGUACACAGAACUGCUGCAGGAACAGGGCCCCCAAGGCCUGAGUGAGCAUUCAGCCUUCAUUGAGAUGAGGGAUCUGGCCAGGAGGUUUGCCUUGAGCUUUGGACCCCAACAGCUACAGAACCGUGACCUUGUGGUCAUGCUACACAAGGAAGGUAUCAAGUUCUCCUUGUCUGAGCUUCCUCCCGAGGGCUCCUCCAGUCAGCCCGCAAACUUGGCGUUCCUGGAACUGCUUUCAGAAUUCUCCCCCCGGCUCUUCCAUCAGGACAAGCAGCUGCUCCUGUCUUACCUGGAAAAGUGUCUGCAGCGUAUCCCCCAAGCAGCUGGCCGUGCCUGGGCUCCAGUCACCACUUACUGCCACUCACUUAACCCUCUGGAGAACACAGCUGAGGCCAGCCCUCAGGGCUACCCCCGCUCCAAGAAGAGGCGUGUUGAAGGCCGCUCCAGGCUCAAAGGAGAUGACGCCUUUCCCAUCCAAGAAGAAAGCCUACAGCUAAACAGCGUUCUACCCACGCCCACCCUCACCUCCACAGCCGUGAAGAGCAAGCAGCCCCUAGAGGGCUUAGAAGAAGUAGAAGAGCAGGGCUCAAGAUCGGAGCGCAUCCAAGGCCCCCACUUUUCAGACACCGAGAAGCUGGUGUUUGCACGGGCACAGCGUUUCCGCACUCCACACGACUCUUCCGGCCCUGGUCUAGGCGCUCGACUGACGCGACUCAGCCUGAUGGAAGAGGAGGAAGACGACGACGAAGAAGAAGGAGGGCUAGUGAUUGAAGAGGACUCAAGUGAAGAAUGGCAAGACACAGAUAAGGAUUUCUGACACGAGUUUGUGCCCCUGCCCACCUCUACUCUCCACCCCACUGCCAUGACCACUUGGAAAAGGCAAAUGUGAAAGCAGCACAACGAACCAUUCCUUCUCGAUCCCGACCGUUCUCUGAUGGCCUCAGAGAAGCCUUGGCAGCCCUCACCCUUCCUCCUGCAGCGUGGCCUUGACCCAGCAGAGUAACCAUUUCCCGCUGUUUGGGAGUAUUGUGGGUGGGGGGUUUACCUCAGUGUGUAGAGAGGGACACUGACUCCAUGUGCUUAAUGAAGAAACCAUAGUUUUUUAAUACUUUUGGAAUAUCUUUCCCAGCCUUUUUUGUGCCCUAAUUGACUAUCUCAAUAAACACGUUUGACUCA